UUACUAUAUCUGGACUCCUGCCAAGACUGCUUAUUCGUUCGUAGCCAAUUCUUCAGUUACCCUUGAUUACUGUCGUCUUCGUCGUCGUCUUUGUCACCCACGGUACAACGCAAUGGGACUCUUGAAACACGCCAUUCUACCGUUCUUCCUCGCGUUGCACGGCUACGCCUUGUACCGUUGGGUCCGCUACGAGGGUACUAUAGAUCGGGCCCUGGACGCGGUCGUUCCCUGGACCUUACUUCUCGAUACCUCGUCGUCGUGGAUGGGAACGGGAGCCGCCGCUCACGCCGUCUUGCUGGUCAACGGCGCCGCCGGAGUCCUACGGGAAGGUGCACACUACCGCGGCAUGGCGAUUCUACUAGAAAUCGUCUACUUUGGAUGGGAACUCUACGAUGCCUGGAUCAAGAACAGCCCCACGGAAGUACUCGUGGGCAUAGUCGCCGUGGCCAUCGUUGGAGCCUCGGUACACUCCAUGGAACCCGGGAUCUUUGCCAAGGAUAAGAACAAGAAAACCAAAGCAUCCUAGAGAAUUUGCGGGUGGAACAUUUGCAAAAUGCGCACGCCACGCUCUCUAGUAAAAAGGCGGCAUGCAACAACU